GAUUAUGAGGAUGAAGGGGAUGAAAGGGAUGAAGGGGAUGAAGAGGACGAAAAGAAUGAAGAGGAUGAAGAGGAUGAAGAGAAUGUAAAGGAUGAGGAAGAGGAUGGAUAUGAAGAAGAAGAGGAUAAAUAUGAUGAAGAAUUUAACGGUUACUAUGAACAAGGAACAAAUUACGUUAACGUAUGGGAAUAA